AUGAUCCGCCCCGGUGAGGAACCUAAGGUGAAAACCGAAGAAACCCCACCAACCACCGCUCCGUUAACGCAAAAAUCCUCGAAGAAGAAGAAGUCGAAAGCUUGGCGGAAGAAGCUCAAGGCACCAGCACACUCGGACGCCGAUAGUCGUGACGAGAUCGCAGCGACUUGGUCUGACGAUCAGCUGGAAGAAGCGUACAACCGGAAUGAGCUCCAAGCGUUCUUAGUCACGAACCCAGUGAUGAAGAUCGUACAGCUGCGGAUGCCUGGGUCACUAAAGGGACCGGUGACACCGCCAUCAGUGACGACGCACAAGCUGGACGCUGUGAAGGCUGUGUUGAGUCUGCUGAUGGACGCCGGUAUCACGCCAGGCUCCUUUGCAGCGAAGGAUUGUUUCAUCUAG